AUGAUUUUUCCAGACUUGCGGCCCGACGAAAGUGGCGCAAAAGAGUACACCGAUCUGGUUACUCUCAUAGGGAGCGGAACAUACGGAGACGUCUAUCGCUGCCAACAUAAACAAACGAAGACAUGGUAUGCAAUAAAGCGCAUUAAGGAGGGCAAAGAGAGCAAAAUGGGUCUUACAGGAGACAAAUUCAUGGAAAUUCUGGCUUUCCGAGAGCUGUCUCACCCAAACAUUCUUAGUUGCAAGUCUAUCUUUUUCCACGGCGCACGUCUCUGUUUCGCCCUAGAGCUCUGUAACACCAGUUUAAAAUCUAUUCUUAACUCAGGACAUAGCCUAACUGCUGAAGACAGACGCACUGCCUACUACCAAAUCCUGCUGGGAUUAGAAUAUCUUCAUCGUAACCACAUAAGUCACUUUGAUCUAAAGCCAGACAAUAUUCUUAUAAAGGACAACAAUGGAUCUUCCGUCUUUAAGAUAACGGAUUUUGGACUGUCACUGAUCACUGGCCGAUUCCGUGGCCCAUCAAUAGUAUACACUGGACCUGGUUUUCGGUGGACCCCCAUUUAUAGGCCCCCAGAGGUCUUUGGAAGCACCCUCGAAGUGGGACAGAGCUCUGACAUGUGGAGCAUUGGGCUGACAUUCUUUGAAAUGAUAAUCCAAACGGCAGUGAUUCAAGCAGAAGAGUCCAGAAUACCCGCAAAGAUAGCCGACCUUCUAGGCCGGUUGCCCAAUGAUACAGACCCAGGUGUCACGGAUUGGCAUGGGUCGUUCAUCAAUCUAUGCGGCAAGGACUACAGCCCUCCUACUCAGCCGUAUAUGCAUACUCUUUUUGAAAGGCAUGGAGUACGGCCCGAGGAAAAGCAGUUUAUCGCUAAGUUUCUCCAAUAUAGUCCUGAAGCCCGCAUAACAGCUGCAGAUGCUCUUCAAGACCCUUUCCUUGCUAAUUGUAAUAAGUCCUGUAAUAUUCUGGACCGAGAUCGCUACGAGCGCAACCUCCCGCCCCUCCAGCGCGUAAUGUAUGGUCCCUUCGAUGAGAAAAUAGGAUCUAAUGAUAUGUGA